AUGGCAAUUAAUUUUGAUGUUGUUUCCAAAAUUGGAAAGAAUCAAUCUCCGUUUACUUAUCGUUCACAAAAUCGUGUUAAUCGUCUAGAUGAAAAUGAAUUAGCUAGAGCACGUGAUCGACGUCUAAAAGAAUUACAUAUGUGGUCAAUCAUUCGAGAACUUUUAACUUAUUUAUGCUUUCUAACCAUGAUUUAUCUCACUACUUAUUCAAACAUAAAUUCAAAUGCAUUUCUUCAAGUAAAACAUUUACGAAAUUUCUUUUUGAAUACAAAACAAAUCGAUAGAGAUUAUACAAAAAUUUUAACGGUUAAUCAAUAUUGGGAUUGGUUAGAAAAUAGUUUUGUUUCAAAUAUUCGUGCUCAACAAUGGUAUAAUGGUGAAGCACCUCGAAAUUUAAGUGGUUUUAUUAAUGAUAAAUCAAAUCGAUUGAUUGGAUGGGCAAUAAUGAGACAGUUACGUGUUAAAAUAGAUUCGUGUAAAACACAAAUAUCAUCGAUUUGUAAACAUGAUUAUAGUUUUUAUAAUGAAGAAAAACAAUCUUUUGAACCUGGUUGGAUAAAUCAAACAUCACAAUUUUCUAAUUCAUCAAUUCAUCGAGCUUUUAUGUAUCGAACUGGAGAUGAACUUGAUACAUAUGUUUAUAUUGGUGAUCAUGAAACAUAUAAUUCAGGUGGUUAUGUAUAUGAAUAUCGAGGUCGUUUAACAGAUCUUCGAAGUAAUCUUUCUGAAUUACAUCGAUUAAAUUGGAUUGAUAGUCAAACACGAGCGGUAAUUAUUCAAUUAAGUUUAUAUAAUCCGAAUGUUGCAUUAUUUACUUGUGUAACUCUUCUUGUUGAAUUCUUACCAACGGGUGGUCUAUUUCCACAACAUCGAUUUGAACCAUUAUCUUUUCAAGCUAUAACAUCAGUUUUUCAAUUAGUUUGUACAAUAAUCUAUAUUUUCUUUAUUCUUUAUUAUAUGAUCAUCGAAAUUCAAAAUAUUGUUCGAAUGAAAUGGUCCUAUUUUUUACGUUUUUGGUCUUAUAUUGAACUUGGUAUCAUAGGUUGUUCAUGGGGAAUAUUUGGUGUUUAUAUAUGGCGAUAUCGAGAAUCGAUUCGUAUUGGUAAUCGUUUCAAAGAAACAAAUGGAUAUAUUUAUAUUAAUCUACAAUUAGCAGUAUAUGUAAAUGAUGUUUUAACUUUUCUACUUGGUUUUUGUUGUUUUUUUGGUUCAGUAAAAGUUCUUCGUCUUUGUCGAUUUCAUCGACGUCUGUCACUUUUUAGUGACGCUCUUCAAUAUGCAAUGAAAGAUUUAAUUUUAUUUACAUUUAUGUUUUUCAUUGUAUUUAUGGCUUUUUUAACAUUAUUUUAUUUAUUAUUUGUUGGAAAAAUUUGGAGUUGUUCAACAUUAUUACAUACAUCACAAUUACUUUUUGAAAUGAUGUUAAUGAAAUUUAAUGCAUAUGAAUUACAAAAUGCUGCUUCAUUUCUUGGACCAUUUUCUUUUAGUAUAUUUAUAUUAGUAGUUGUUUUUGUUUGUAUGAGUAUGUUUAUUACAAUAAUCAAUGAUAGUUUUCGUAUUGUUCGAGAUAAUGCAAAAUCUAAUCUUAAUGAAAAUCAUCAAAUAUUACUAUUUAUGUUACAUAAAUUUAAACGUUGGCUAGGAUUAGAAAAAUUAAAUGAAAUAGAAUUAAUUGAUGAACAAAUGCGAUCAAAAUAUCGUGAUCCAAUUGAUAUUUUUCCUGAUAAAAUAGAACAAUUAUUAAAUUCACUUAAUCAACUUCACAUCAGUCAAUACAAUGAACAGAAUCAUCAUUUUUAA